AGUGGGAUAGUUCUCAGGGGGGUUGUAUGAGUCUGGAAGAUUCUUAUUUUGGGUCAUUUUUUUUCACUGCCGUGACAAGAUGAUGCGCUUCCUGUUGCUGUUCAGCCGGCAGGGGAAGCUUCGGCUGCAGAAGUGGUUCACGCCGCUGACGGACCGGGAGAAGAAGAAGGUCGUGCGGGACAUGGUGGCGUUGGUGUUGGCGCGUCCACCUCGCUCCUGCAACUUCCUCCAUUGGAGGGACAUCAAGGUGGUUUACAAGAGGUAUGCCAGCUUGUAUUUCUGCACGGGUCUGGAGGACCAGGAUAAUGAGCUGCUGACCCUCGAGGUGCUGCACCGAUACGUCGAGCUGUUGGACAAAUACUUUGGCAACGUGUGUGAGUUGGACAUCAUCUUCAACUUUGAGAAGGCUUACUACGUCCUGGACGAGUUCCUGAUGGGGGGAGAAGUUCUGGAAACAUCCAAAGUGGCCGUGAGCGUGUCCAUGGAGGACGCCGACACACUCCAAGAGACGAUGGAAGAAUACAUGAACAGACCCGCCUACUGAGCCCCGAGAGGACCAGCGCCCCUCGAGACUCCAAGCCAAAGGUUUCGUGGCUUUUACUGACUCUCUUAUGGAUUCGUGUGGAGAAAAAAAACUCUGUUUCCACUUAGUUGUUUAUAAUUUUUGGGGAUCUUUAAGGUCAUAUUCACCCAUCUCGGGGUCAGGUUGUAGUGUCUGGUAGUUGUGUGAUGAUGGUGAGUAAAUGAAGAAACACCACACAGUAGGGAAAAAUAAAGUCAAUGCUUUAUUAACCUCAGGUAUGUCACAUAUGACCACAUUUACAAAACAAAUAUAAAAUAAAAA